AUGGUUACUCUAGGAGCACGGUGCGAGCUCCUGUCCUCUAGUUCCACUGAAAGCUUACGCGCCAGCAUCAAGCGGUAUGGUGAGAUUGCAUACAUUGGUCCAAUAGAUGGUCUUGUGGGAGAUGGAUGGAUAGGUGUGAGGCUGGAUAAACCACUGGGUAAAGGUGAUGGAUCGUUCCAAGGCAAAUGUUUUUUCGAGUGUAAACCAUUACAUGGCGCUAUUGUGCGACCAGAGAGAGUUAAUGUGGAAGGUGAAUUUCCUAUACUUACGACACAUGAAGAUAGUUUGGCACAUGCGCUGGAAGAGCGAAGAAAGGAGAAGAAGGUGGCGAGAGGCAAUGGUAUCAGUGCUGGUGCUGCCUCGAAGCUGCAUCGGGAGCUGACGACUGAUGAGCUGGCAACGACGUUUUGGGAAAAGUUUACACAGCAGGAAGAUUAUGUGCGUAAACAGGUAGGACUGUUUUGCGAGCAGAAGAAGCAGCCGCUGCCUUGUGAACCUGCCAAAGAGGUUAAGUUGGAUACACUGCUGCUCGAAGUGAGCGUCAUAAGAGAUACUGCUGCUACGGCAGCAUCAUUGUAUUUGUCGCCGUAUGAUACUCGCCAUACGCAAUUGAUCCUAUCCAAGCUGCUGGAACUCAUUGAUACCACUCGUACGACAUUUGCUCCAAGGAAAAAGUUUACGUUUCGAGCUCGAGCGGCGAAAAGCGUGAAAGUAAAAGAGCAGAACGAACCCAAGCAAGAUGAUUUAUCCGAAUCGACUGAUUCUCGUGGCAAACAGAAGCUUUUGUCGACAACACAGAAAAUGAUGGAGUUUGAUGAACUCGUGCACGCCAACAAACAGAACGAAGUGAUUAUUAUUGACAGCAGCAGCUUUACUGACGCAAAUGACAAGCGUCGCGACCUGAACUUCUCUCAUCUGACGAACUGCGUUGUGUUCGUAUGCGUGGAGACAUCUGCAAUUCGUGGUGAUGCACUGAAAGACUGUGUCUUCUUCACUGGAGCGAUCUUCGGAAGCUUGUGGCUUGAGCACUGUGACGGUUGCGAGUUUAUCGUUGCUUGCCGCCAGCUGCGCGUGCACUCGAGCACUGCCACGACCUUCCACCUACGCAUUUCGAGUCACCCUAUUAUUGAGGACUGUCAGCUAAUGCAGUUUGGGCCUUAUCGCUUGCAGUUCGACGGACUAAAGGCACAACUUGAGCGCUUGGGAUUGCAAAUGGAUCCAGGACUCUGGGCAAAAGUAAAGGACUUCAAGUGGCAUAAAGCACAGCAGUCUCCAAACUGGAGCAUUUGCGAUCCGAAACAGCCACUGCCAAACAUUCCCGCAGAGCUGGAGGACCUGGUCUCGUACGACUAG